AUGGAGAGGCCGCUAGCCGCGAUCGUUGCGGCGAAAGUCAAUUUUCAUCUGGGAUCUCUCGACGAGGCCUUGCAUUACGCGCUAUCAGCGGAGAAUUACUUCGAUGUCGACGCUGAGACUGAAUUUGCGAACACUCUGCGCGCUCGAUGUAUCGAUGAUUACAUUUCUUUCAAGCGAAAGCAGAGUGAAGGUAUCGCGGAAGGGCCAGUUGGAGCCAGUGCUGAUCACACCUUUUCAGCCGAACUUGAAUCUGUCGUUGAAAGGGUCCUGGCCGGUUGUAUUCAGAAAGGGGAAAUUCACGAAGCAAUAGGCGUAUCGAUUGAGUCUCGGAGGCUUGAUAAGGUGGAAAUUGCAAUUGCUGAAGGGUGCAGAACUGACGAGGCAAAGAUGGAGGCACUGGCGUAUUGCUUCGAAUGCGCUCAAACAUUGAUAUCCUCUAGAGCGUAUCGUUCCAAGCUCCUCAAUCUUCUUGCUUCCUUGCAUACCCAACAUUUUCCCAUUGAGAAGCGCAAUUUCAUUGCCGUCGCGAAUUGCUACGCAUUCGUUGGAAAUGCGAAAGGCGUUGCCGAUAUUCUCAUGGAUCUAGUCAGCGAUAAGUCUGCGGCUGGCAAGGAAAAAGAGAAUAUCAUGGAGCUAACAGCAUUACAGAUUGUGUUUGAUAUUGUUGAUAACGAUGCACCGUUCUUUGCCUCGGAAGUAAUGUCACUAUUGCCCGUUCCACGUGCAAUUCCGGAUCCGCCCACUGCUUCUGAGAGCACUCCUGCAGCAGCAGAAGGAGAUGACCCAGUGCCUAUGGAAACCGAUACCCCGUCCUCUGGUGAUCCACCAUCUGCUACGCCUGAAGCAGUAGCUGUGACCCCAGCCAUCACCUUAACAGCUGAAGAAAAGAAGAUCGCCAAGCUGCGCAAGAUUCUCAAUGGCGAAGUAUCGGCAGAAUUGCACCUCGACUUCUUGUGCAGCAAGAAUCACUCGGAUCUCUAUUUACUGAAAAAGAUCAAGGCUGCUCUUGAUGGCCGCAGCAGUGUAUGCUACUCGGCUCUGCUGUUCUCCAACGCGAUCGCCCAUAGUGGGACAGCUAUUGACAACUUUCUACGAGGAAAUCUAGAUUGGCUAGCUCGUGCGACUGCAUGGGCAAAGUUCUCAGCUACCUCUUGUCUGGGUGUCAUCCACGGCCGGCACACAUCUGCUGCUCUCAAUCUUCUAUCACCUUACCUGCCGUCGAAUUCAGGUUCCAGGGGGUCUGCGGCUACCUCCUUUCAAGAGGGGGGUGCCCUCUACGCUCUGGGACUCAUUACGGCAACGGGAGGUAGAAACGCUCAGCUUCGUGCAGAUCCUUCUGGACCAAAUACUGCCAAGGAAUAUCUGCUUGAAGCGUUGAAAGCUAUUGAGACAAGUGACGUGGUCAAGCAUGGGGCUUGUCUAGGGCUUGGUCUUUCUGCAAUGGCUUCUUGGGAUGGGGGGGAAGAAGAGAACCAGUACUAUGAAGAACUGAAGAACGUUCUAUACACAGACUCAGCAGUGGCAAGUGAAGCUGCUGGUCUAGGAAUGGGUCUUAUCGCUCUGGGCUCUGGUUCUGACAAGGUUGCGAAAGAAAUGCUUGCGUACGCUGUGGAUACGGAGCAUGAGAAGAUUAUUCGUGGCCUUGCCCUCGGAAUGGCGCUCGUGUGCUACGGCCGGGAGGAUGACGCGGACAGCAUUAUCAAAACCAUGAAUGAGGACAGUAACCCCAUUCUCCGUUAUGGUGCCAUGUACGCAGUAGCCCUAGCGUACUGCGGAACGGCAGACAACAAGGCCAUUCGAUUGUUACUGCAUUCUGCUGUUUCUGAUGUCAGUGAUGAUGUGCGUCGAGCUGCAGUUAUUGGUCUUGGGUUUGUACUAUUCAGACAUCCGAAACUCCUGCCGCGAAUUGUAGCACUCCUAGCAGAGAGUUGCCAUGCGCAUGUAAGAUUCGGCGCUGCUCUGGCCAUUGGUAUUGCCUGCAUGGGGACUGGCAUGCCAGCUGCUGUUGAGAUGUUGGAGCGCUUGACCGCCGACCCAAGCGAUUUUGUUCGUCAAGGAGCACUCAUCGGAAUGGCGCUUGUCUACAUGCACCAUACGGAAGACAGAUCCCCCAAGGCGGCAGAGAUGAGGAAGACGUUUGAAGCAACGUGGAGCGCGAAACUGGAAGACGUGAUCACUCGUUUUGGAGCAGUCGUUGCAGUGGGACUGGCGGAUGCUGGUGGGCGAAAUGGUGUGAUCGCAUUGACAUCGUCAACAGGUCACCCUCGUAUGUCUGCCAUAGUUGGUCUUGCCAUGUUUACACAGUUUUGGUAUUGGUACCCUAUGGUACAUUUCAUUGGUUUAAGUAUUAAGCCUUCGGCGCUGAUAUGUCUAAAUCAGGACGUCAAAAUGCCCAAGCUGAAGGUUCAGUGCAAUGCUCAAGAAGGAAUGUAUGCAUAUGUCCCAUCAGGGCCUCCGGAGAAAACAAAAGAGGUAUCAUCGGCACCUAAAGCAGUCCUGAGUACUACAGUAAAGUCAAAAGCUCGUGCUGCGCGAAGGGCAGCCAAGAAGAGGAGCACGGAGGAGAAAGCAAGCGGUCAGGGUGAUUCCAUGACUGAUGCGAAGAUUGAAGCCAAGCCGGAGAAUGCUGAAGAAUCGGGAGAUGGCAAAGACCCGAUGGAGGAUGAGAAGAAAGCUGUGAAGGAGGAAGGCAGCCCGAAGAAGGCGAAAUUCACAGUCCAUGAAAAUCCAUGCCGAGUUCUACCCGAGCAAGAGAAGUACAUGUCGUGGAAUGUCACAGCACCUGAUGCCGAAGGCAAAAUAACAAGACGCUAUGACCCUGUUGUCAGUGGACGGUUCUCAGGGAUUGUCAUGAUGUCGGAUAGAUCUCCAACUGAACCUGAAGACAUCGUGGAAAUGCAGACAUUGAAUACGGCUCCGCAGCCAGUCUCGACGCCACAGACGCCGGCUGUCCUGCUCAACGCAAACGAUCCCAAUGAUGAAGAGGAGGAAGAAGAAGGUGAGGAAGUGCCUCCACCAGAGCCCUUCGUCUACAGGGAUGAGGCUGAUGAGUCGAAGAAGGAUGAUGAGGAAAAGGAUGGUGGUGACUCUGCAAGUAAAGAAGAUGCGGACGUUAACAUGAACGAUUCGGGGGAUGGGCAGACGUCAGUGUAGUGGUAUCCGAGGACACUAAAACCUGACGUUAAGUCUUUGUGGGUGUUUUGCAUUUUGCCCGUCGACGGGAUUUGUGCAGCCGAAGUCAUAAUGAUGUCGAUUUAGUCUGUUGCAGGUUGUGUACUGGUAAGUAUUCACGGGACUCUGAAUGAAAGAAAAGACGAAGCCUGAUGAUGUCCUGGUGCUGAAGUGAGGCCGGACGCUCGGAGUGAAGUGAAAGACAUGGCUGUAUAGUCACGUGUGGCCUAAGUCUGUGUGGCUCCUGAUGCCGCUUUGGCAAGUUCGCUGUGCGGAGAUUCACACUAAGCCUCUCGAGAUCGCUGCGGGGCAUCGUCUCGGAAGACGCCAGUCUUUUUCUAUGCGGCUGCUUUGUGAGAAUUUACGCUAUCCCUUUGUCGCGACGAGAGCAAUCAGGGCUGGCGGCGAUACUGGACCGUGCGCAGCACGGCGUACCGGCACGGCAAAAUGCGUAGGCGAGUAUCAACUAGAAGCGUGAUUUCUGGUAAAUUUUUGUGCUAUCUUUUUUA